ACUAUCGAUAAGCCGAAAGUAUAAAAGCUAUCGCAGACAUAUUCUCUCAAAUGGAUGUUACAUUGGAGAAGAAACUGCAAGGAUUUCAACUGGUAGCGCAGGAAAAGUUGCAGGCUAUACUAUGUUCCAUACCGGGCAAGAAAGAACUCAUCUUGGAGCCAGAACUGAUCAAGCCGCUGGAGCACGUAUGCACCGCUUCCUGGCUGAAGUUGAAGGGAAUCCAGCGCAUUUACAAGCACGAUGCUAAACAACGUCUGCCCCGCGCCGACGACCAGGUGCACAUUUAUAUGAUUCGUAGUCUACUGGGCACCUAUCAAACGCUACUCCGGCAACUGCAGCCACUGGCAAUGCAGACAUCUAGUGAGUCGCCGGACUUGGAAUUGCGUGCAUUUCACAUCAUUUGCGUGCCCAGCUGCUAUGCCUAUUUCCAUGCGCUGCUCGAACAGGCGGGAUUGUGUGGCCUGGUGCAGCUGCAUCAUUACAAUUGGGAUUUUAUAUAUCUGGACCAAGGUGUGCUUAGCCUAGAGCUACCGAAUCUCUAUGAGUGCCUCUAUCUGCAAGGCAACAGUUCUGCGUUGCCUGCAAUGGCGCAAAGCUUGCGUCUGUUGCAAAUGAUUUGCGGCCAACCUGCUGUGACGCUCACCUUUGGCAAUCACUCGACGCAACUGAUGCAUUUGCUGCAGGCGCUGGGCACAGUUCCUCAGCCUCUUAACCCACCCGACUUUGGCGCCUGGCUAAUAAUGGACAGAGAUAAGGACUACGUAUCAACAUUGCUAACGCCUGCCAUUUAUGCUGGCCUGCUUUUGGAGGUGUUCCAGCUGCGCGCCGGCGAGAUUGUCGUAGACAAUGCCAACAACAAAAUACGUAGUCAAAAAUUGCACUUGCUCCAGAGCAAAACAGAAUAUUCCACCAAUCAAGGCAAGCCCAGUUGCAUCCGUCUGAACUCCGCCUGUGAUGAGAUCUACGGCGACAAUCGAUACAAACAUUUUGCGCAAGCCAGCAGCUUGGUGCGCGCCCAAGUAAAGGCAUUGGGGCUAGAGCUGCAGAAGCUCAACGACAUGCAGUUGGAGGAAAUGCACGACUAUGUGGCACGUAAACUGCCCAAGCUAACAGAGCUGAAGGCCAAAGUAUUGCGUCAUCUGAACGCCUCUGAGAUUGUCAUACAAAUGCUGGGCAAUUUCCGCCGGCUUCAAACACUUGAAGAGGACAUCCUCAAUAAUGUAUCACGCAAACGCUUGCUCACCGAGAUCGAUGAAUUGCUGACAACGGACGGACAGCGUUACAAUACAUUGCGCUUGCUCUGCCUGUUGCAUUUAUGCGCAGGCGUUGCGCCCGAGGAACUGCAAGGCUUUGCCCGGAAUUAUUGCAAUAUGUUUGGCCAUCGAGAGCUGUGCGUGUUCCAGCAGCUGGCACAGGCAGGCCUGUUACCGGUACUUCUGCCGGAACGCAAGACAUCGGCCAAACUGUUGUCCAACUUGCCACUGCCCAAGUUUCAACAAACCGAAUUUCAAGCCAAUGCCAACCGCCUGAAACUGUUGACGUCGUGUGCGGACGCGGAACAGCCUGCAGCGGCUGGCAGUGCCAGUGGUCAUCCAGCUAUCAAGUCCUGUCCCAGCUUUGUGUUCAAUGGCAUGUACAUACCGCUCGCAGCACAGCUCUGUUCCAUGCUCCUCAAUGCUACCAGCAGUGAGCAGCUGGCCACAAAGCUGGCCAUGAUCGAAGGCCUGCAGGUGCACGUGGGCGCACAAGCUAGCACUCCCAAAGCCUAUGCGGCACACUUAAAAACGGCAUCAACGGAAAAUGCAGAUGUCUUUCCCCUACGCCUGCGCAGCUUGUUUGUGUUUGUAGUGGGAGGCGCGAAUUAUGCGGAGAUUGCAGCCUGUGAUUUUGUGAGCAAACUAACUGGCGCCCAAAUAACUGUUGCCUCCGAUACACUACUGGCGGGAAGCGAUCUUAUCGCUGCUGCCUUCAAUCACUGAAUCUACAACUAUCAAAGUUUAUAU